AUGAACAAGGUGCUCGGAGGCACGAAAGUGUGGUCUACACUGAGACCAAGGCCACCUGGCAGUUCAGGUAACGGAGCUAGCGACUUCAGGAAACUUAGGUCCUGCCAGUCCCGCCGCGCACUCAGCUCUACUCCGGCGUCUCGGUUCUCCCUCCUUUCCUUCCUGCUGAUCCAGCCAGCCAGGCUUUCUCCUCCUCUGUUCUCGCCUCCUCUCCCCCUUGAAUCCAGUCCUGGUUUCCCCGCUGCCAGCUCCUUCUUCUGCCUGCUGGGCUCGCUCCCCGCCUCCGCCCCCGCCUCUCCAGUCCCGGCGGUCCGCUCGGCUCCCCUGCUCUCCUCUCGCAGCCCCCCCAACCCCCCAGCCACCCGCGGCUCCACUCGCCCAGUCCGGCCGCUCCAGUCCGGAUCUCGCUGCCACCCGACCCGGGUGCGAGUUCCAGCAGCUGGAGAGGAGGCGGCAAGCGGCUGGCCCCGGUUCCCCACUGCCGCCUCGUCAGCCCGAGGCUGCUCUUGCUGCUGUUGCUGCUGCGGCCGCCCUACCCGGUCCGGCCGCAGGGGUCGGCGGCACGGCUGCUCGCCAAGUCCCGGAUGCCACUGGGGCUACCAGGCGCUGUCUGUGGUGCUGCUGCUGGCUCAGGGCGGUCUGCUGGACCUAUACCUCAUCGCCGUCACCGACCUGUACUGGUGCUCUUGGAUCGCCACUGACCUGGUGGUGGUGGUGGGCUGGGCCAUCUUCUUCGCCAAGAACAGCCGGGGCCGUCGGGGCGGUCCAGCGAGCAGCACGCACAACCACCAUCAGCUCCACCACCACUCGGCGCCGCCUCUGCACCUACCGGCUGCGGCGUCCGCGGGGGCCGGGGCCAAGGCUCGCGGGGGCCGAGGAGGCUCGGGCGGCUCGGGGGCCGGGCCGGGGCCGGCCGGGGCGGCAGGCGAGUUCGCCUUUGCGUACCUGGCCUGGCUCAUCUACUCCAUCGCCUUCACUCCCAAGGUUGUGCUCAUCCUGGGCACGUCUAUCCUGGACCUCAUCGAGCUGCGAGCGCCCUUUGGCACCACGGGCUUCCGCCUCACCAUGGCGCUGUCCGUGCCGCUGCUCUACAGCCUGGUGCGUGCCAUCAGCGAGGCGGGCGCGCCCCCGGGCUCGGCGGGUCCCCUGCUCCUGCAGCCACAGCAGCAUCGCGCCGCGGGCUGCUUCCUGGGCACGUGUCUGGACCUGCUGGAUAGCUUCACGCUGGUGGAGCUGAUGCUGGACGGCCGCGUGCCGCUUCCCGCGCACCUGCGCUACCUGCUCAUCGCCGUCUACUUCCUCACGCUCGCCUCUCCAGUGCUCUGGCUGUACGAGCUGAACACCACCGCAGCAGCUCCGUCCUGGGGCCAGGCCUCCGGGCCCGGAAGCUGCAGUCGCCUUUUGCGCUUGCUGGGAGGCUGCCUGGUGGACGUGCCCUUGCUGGCGCUGCGCAGCCUCCUGGUGGUGAGCUACCAACAGCCGCUGUCCAUCUUCAUGCUCAAGAACCUCUUUUUCCUUGGCUGCCGUGGCCUGGAGGCCUUGGAGGGCUGCUGGGACCGAGGGAAUUGGGUUUCCCCAAGUCGGGCCAGAAGCAGCUAUGGUGCUCCUCCCUCGGCCCCACCACCACCGCCACCACCGCCACCUCAGGGAGGCUCCCAGCGGGGCCACUUGGAAAAUGAAGGGGGCCCUCAUGGCUAUGUCAACACCCUAGCUGUGGCCUCUCAGAACUGAAAAAGGUGAAGGGCAAGGCUCUUUGGCCUGAGAGUUUCUGGGCCCCUUGGCUGUGUUGAGAAGAGGUAACUGUUGAUAAGGCUAGAGGCUGGGGAAUUCUUCUGCACCCCAUGGGUAGAGACUACUUGGAGGGAGACCAGCAAUAUGUUGUGCGGGGAGAGGGUCCGUGCUCACCAUGGUCCUUCUCCAUAGUCUUGCCUGUCCUGACAUACAAGGGACUGGAUAAAUGUGCCACCUGCUUUUCCUGCCUUCAUCCUGCCCCGGGGGAGUGAAGGAAAGCGGGAUUCGGGCAGGGGUGGUGGGCUUUGAUAGCUGGAGUGUGCGUGCGCGCGUGCGCGUGCGCGUGCGCGUGCGCGUGCGCGCGCGCGUGUGUGUGUGUGUGUGUGUGUGUGUGUGUGUGUGUGUGUGUGUGUGGUCCUUUCUGGGUGUCUGUCCCAUGCUCCUUGCAGUGGAAGGAGAUCUAGGGAGACCUUGCUGCCACCACACAUGCCGCCACCAUCCUUUCCUGCCUGAAUUUAUGACCGGGAUCCCCAGGAGUUGCUCAGUUGCUGUACUCCAAGGGAGACGCUCACCCAGGGUCGUCCUCCCUCCUGCUCCUCUGUUCUCAGCCUGGGGAGGCGAAGGUCUCUGCUGUGAGGACCAAACAACACCCUUUCUUGGGUGAGUGUGUAUUUCUACCUCUGUGCUUUCAACUUUCAUUGCAUCACACACUGAUGCUGCUCGCAAAAACAAAAAACAAACAAACAAACAAACAACACUCAGAAGUUGCAUUCAGCAUGGCCGCUGGAUCCCUUUGGGGUUCGGUACCCGAUAUUACAGGGUCUGUGGAGUAUCAGCCAUUGGCUUGCUCUCUUUCGGUUCCUCCUUAUGCUCCAGAACGCUUACCCUUCCUGUGUUGGUACUGGCUGGGUUGGAACUGGGUUCAGAGCCACUGCUUUAGUGGGUUCGAAUGUGUGUGAGGUCAGGCCUCUUAGGGACUCUCGGGGUGCCACCUGCUCCUCUAGAAAGCUCGGCAUAGAGCAGAGAGCGUGGCCACCUUUCUUCUCUUGUCUGCUUCAGGUCUCCUCAGGGAGAGGGCACACUGUGGGAGCCUCCUGGCCAGCCUUCCCCCACAGGGCCCUCCUGGCGAGGCUCUCCUUAGGAUUGUCCCUCAAGGGAGGUCAGGGUUAGCUACUUUACUCUUGACUAGGGAUGUCACUCUUGGAGUCUCUAAGGCAGGAUAAGUAUGCUGAGGGGAGUCAGAGGCCAGAAGGCAUAGGGAGCCAGGCCAGGAUAUACUCACCCCUACAAUGGGAUUGUGGGGGGGAAACCUUAAGAAUUUUGGUUCCCUUUUCUUCUGUUUUGGGGGUUUUAUGUGGUGUAAUGAACCUAGACAAGGGGCCAGGAGACAUGAUCUGCCUGCUAUUUUCUGGAUUUGAAUGCCAUGUCAUUUUUACUUUCUAGGCCCCAGUCACCUUUCUAGGGUGGUAUUCUUUGAGCUUGGAGCCUGAAAGCUCCGGGCUAAUGCGGCCAUUAGAGGCAGACAUAAGAGGAGCUAUCCAGGCUGUACUUGAGGACAGCCCUGCUUCUGCCCUGCGUCUGGCCUUGGGAGAGCUGAAGGUUUACCAACUAGGUUGAGGGACGGGCAUUGCAGGGCGCAUUGAUGCUGACCUCCUCUAAGGCCCACAGCACAGGGGCAGGCCCAAAGUGCCAAGUCACUGACUGCUAACUCAGCAGCCAGGCCCGUUCCUUCAUCCCCUUUGGCUCUCCUAGGACCUCUGAGAACCAAGGGCCCAAACAGGGCCCCUCUUUCUCAACUGCCUGGGGCUGUGGCGGAGGGUAUCUAUGGGAUGGAAACAUGAGCUGCUGAGCUUGGCUGGAGCACUUGGGGGCCUGUCCAGCUCUCAGAGUGGGCCAUGUGGAGGAUGUUUACAGUCCAUGCAUCCUUUGCUCCUGGUCCUGUGCCCUCAGCCAGUGCUGGCUGGCUGCUUUUCACAAUACACCUGCCUUUACUGCUUGCCCUGGAUGACUCCUCUUCUGACUGGACUCUCAGCCUGAGCUGAAGCCCUGGAUAGGGCUGGAGCUGUUCCCAGUGUUCUGUAUUGGUUCUCUAGGUUCGCUGUGUUUCUCGCUACCUAAUUUGAAUGACUGUGAGAAGAAAUUAUGUCUGAGCCAUGGCCGGCUCCGGCUGGCCCCAAUGCACCCUCUUUCUACUGUUUGGAUAGCCACCCCUCUACUGUAUGACUGCUGUCUGCUGCUGAGAGACUGCCACUGGAUUUAGGAUGGAAGGCUGCCAUUUCCCAAGUACAUCCAGAGACGUGAUCACAUGGCCACUCGUGACAGAGGCCAGGACUGCUGAGGGCCUGGUUGAGGGCCCAGCACAUCUCCAGCGUCCUCUUCAACAUGUCUUCUGUGAGUACUUUGUGCUCAGGGGGCUGGUCCCUUCCUUCUGAUGUAUUUAUUUUGGGUCUUUUCACAAAUUCCCCUGUCCCAUUUGCACAUGACCCUUAAGGCCUACCCCCCCCCACACCUCUUGCUUUCUAAGGUAUCUGUAGAUAGAGAUCAGACUUGAGAUGUCCCCAAGGUGUCAUGACCAGAAUAGUACACUGUCCUGAGGCUUGUGCCAGAAGAACGGGUCAUGGAAAAGAAGCCUGGGCUCAGAAUGUAGCCCUGCCUGCCCCUAGCAUCUGAACAUGGAAGGGAAGGGCCUGUUACCCAAGUUCCAAAUGGUACCUGUUUUUAAAAACGAGUUAAUUACUGUGCAAUGCUGAGGAUUAGACCCAGGGCCUCAAGCAUGCUUGACAAACGCUAAUCAGCCUCUGAACUGCAUCUCCAACACGAAGUCUUGUUCAAUCUAAAGACUGUUCGCUCUAAAGACUUGCACCCCACCUUUGAAAUUUUUCUUUGAGAAGAGGGUCUCACUAUGUUCCCAGGGCUGUACUAGAGUCUUGGGGCUCAGGUAGCCCUCUCACUUCGGCCUCCCAGGGAAACAGGUAUGCACAGCUGUGUCUAGGCAAGACUAUUCUGUUAAACAUGCUGGGAACUGGGCCCUGGUGUGUGGGGCACAGAGCUGGGAAUUCGAGCCCAGAAGGAACUGAGAAGCGGCACCUCGCUAGCAUUUAUCACAUUUUCCCCCUCUUUUUAAAAAUAAAACCAGACUCUGUUCUGAAAAUAAAAACUUGAGACUUGUGACAA